CCGUGCCCGAGCCGCGUUCACCUCGCAGGGAGCUGGAGCCAUGGCCGAGCAUAUGCUGAUGCCGAUGAGCCACGGAGGCGCCGGGCUGCAGAGCUACAGGAUGGGGGUGAGCGGGCUGCAGGGACCCCCGCAGCACGGGCAGCAUGUGCUGAGGACGCUGCCUGCCGCCGCUCAGAUGAUGCCCUACGGAGGGGCUGGCAUGGACGGUGCGAUGAGGCAGAGACCCAGCCUCGGCGGACAGAUGGGCCACCACCAGAUGCAGAACGCGAUGAUGUUCAAUGGCCCGGGUCAGCAGCAGCAGUACAUGGGGCCGGUGGGCACCCAGCAGCUCAUGGCCAGCAUGCACCUACAAAAACUCAACACCCAGUACCAGGGCCACCCGCUGGGCAUGAGCAACGGGCCCAUGGGAGCUGGUGCCCAGCAGUACAGAGUGGGGCCGGGCCAGCACCCGGGCAUGCAGCACAUGCCCUCAUCUGCGCUGACACUGAAUGUUAUGGACACUGAUCUUAUAGAUGAGGAGGUCUUGACAUCCCUUGUCCUGGAACUGGGGUUGGACCGGAUUCAGGAGCUGCCAGAGUUAUUCUUGGGACAGAACGAGUUCGACUUCAUUUCAGACUUUGUUAGUAAACAACAACCCAGUGCCAUCAGCUGCUGAGGGGCUUUGAGCUCCUCCUUGUGUCUUGGGUGGUUUUGAGUUUGUUUCUAACUUUUCCCCACCUACCGUCCUCCUCCCUUCCCCUGCCUUGCCCUGUCCUGGAUUCCUGCCCUCCCCAAAAGGACAAUCAUCGGACACUGGCUUGCAAUGGAUUGCUUUUCUCUUCCGUGUGUUUUUUUUCUGUGUGGCAGUUUCUGCAGAGGGGGUUGGUGCACCCCAAACAGAGAGCAGAUCAAGAGCUCCUGCUGUAGAACUGCCUGUAAAUGACAUUAACAGGAUUUCUGGCUUAAGUAGAAGUAAUGGACUACGACUUUCCUCAACUAGGCUUGGAGCACAAGAAAGCAAUAGGCAGCUGGCAGCCCUGCUGGUAGCUGGAUUUGCUCGUGGAUUCUGUGGUGCCAGUGGAGUUGAAGGAUCCUGAGAGAGAAUUGUCUCCCUGGUGCAUGGUCUGAACCAGUUUCCCCUCGCAACCAUGGGUGGGGUUAGUUAUUUGUUGGGAUGUUUUACUGUGACAGUAAAUAGGUCUUCAGUCAUGUCUGUUCAGCUCGGGAAGGGGCACUUCCCCAUAGCAGGCUUUUUUCUAACUCGCAAAAAUAAAGUAUGCCUUGGGGAAGGGUGUGCGUUUGUGCCUAAAUGUUCAUCUCCGUGGAAGUUCAGAUCUCGGACCUGUACUGCUCAUCAGCUGUAAAAUUUACCUAGUGUUUGAGGUUGAUUCAGGCAUGAGGCUUAAAGCUGCAGUCUGGCUCCACUUUUUUCCACCUCUGAAACCAAAUAAAGACCAUGUAACUGUAUAUUUCAGUUCUAAUCUUA